AUGCCGAGGAUGAUCGAUCUUCCGCAGAAAUUGGUUGUGGAGAUAUUCAAGAGGGUUCCGAUAACAUCUCUGAAGGCGGUUCGAUCUACUUGCAAAACAUGGGAGGCUAUAACGAAAAGCUGGGUGGUUUUGGGAGCAGCAGCGCGGCAUGAGUUUCUUCUGGGGUUCGUGAAGAUGAAUAACAAGGUCUACUCUCUGAGGUACCACCAUCAAGGAGAUGUAUCGGUACAGCAGGUAGAUUUGCCUAAUCAAUUGGAGAUUUCUAGUAUGGUAUAUCACUGCGAUGGGUUGCUGUUAUGCGUGGCUAAGGACCUCUCGAAGCUGCUGGUGUGGAACCCUUACCUGUGUCAAUCAAGGUGGAUCGGACCGAGAGGAGAAAGCUUCAACGCAAGCGACAUGUACGCGAUCGGAUACUCGGAGGAUAAGAAUAAGAAGCGCGACCACAAAAUCCUGAGGUUUGUGGAUGACAGCUGUGUCGUUGGACCAGUAAUAAGCGUUUUCAGGUGCGAAAUCUAUGAAAUGAGCAGCUCUGAUUCAUCAUGGAGAGUCCUCGAAGAGGGGAAGCCGGAGUGGGAGAUAGAUGUGCAUCAGCGAGGGGCGUCUGUCAACGUGCUUCCUAUUUUUGUGUGA